CCGGAGGCCUCGCAGUCCAAGAAGGUUCUGGCAGCUGAGCCCAAUAUAAAGCCCUGGGGCGUCCGACGAGCAAAGACACCCGAAUCAGAACCCGGGGAGUCGUGACAGCAGCGCCUCCAUUUCCGAGCUCUCACCAUGGCGCCAGGCACCGAGGGACCCUGAGACCACCCGGCGCCUGCAGCUCCCCCCACCCCCACCCGCAUGUCCCCUCAUUCCGAGUCCAGCUCUGACGCAGCGGCGUGACCCUGCGCAUCCACUUCGGGAGAUGAGCGAGCCUUCCCUUCUUCAGGCUGCCUGGCUCCGACAGAAGGUGCUGACACCCCCAGAGAACGCCCGAGAUCGCGCGGCAGUGUCCCCGAGCGCUCCUGUCCGCGCCUGUGGCGCGCCGCGGGCGGCUGACGGCGGCAUGCGGGACUACGACGAGGUGACCGCCUUCCUGGGCCAGUGGGGGCCCUUCCAGCGCCUCAUCUUCUUCCUGCUCAGCGCCAGCAUCAUCCCCAACGGCUUCAACGGGAUGUCAGUCGUGUUCCUGGCGGGGACCCCGGAGCACCGCUGCCGAGUGCCGGACACCGCGAACCUGAGCGACGCGUGGCGCAACCACAGUGUCCCGUUGCAGCUGCGGGACGGCCGCGAGGUGCCCCACAGCUGCCGCCGCUACCGGCUCGCGGACAUCGCCAACUUCUCGGCGCUCGGGCUGGAGCCGGGGCGCGAUGUGGACCUGGAGCGGCUGGAGCAGGAGGGCUGCCUGGACGGCUGGGAGUACAGCCAGGACGUCUACCUGUCCACCAUCGUCACCGAGUGGAAUCUGGUGUGUGAGGAGAACUGGAAGACACCCCUGACCACGUCCCUAUUCUUUGUGGGCGUGCUCCUCGGCUCCUUUGUGUCUGGGCAGCUGUCGGACAGGUUUGGCAGGAAGAACGUUCUCUUCGCAACCAUGGCUGUGCAGACUGGCUUCAGCUUCCUGCAGAUUUUCUCCGUCAACUGGGAGAUGUUCACAGUGCUGUUUGUGAUCGUUGGCAUGGGCCAGAUCUCCAACUACGUGGUGGCCUUCAUCCUCGGAACAGAAAUUCUUGGCAAGUCAGUUCGUAUUAUAUUCUCCACAUUAGGAGUGUGCACAUUUUUUGCAGUUGGCUACAUGCUGCUGCCCCUGUUUGCUUACUUCAUCAGAGACUGGCGGAUGCUGCUGCUGGCGCUGACGGUGCCGGGGGUGCUGUGCGUCCCGCUGUGGUGGUUUAUUCCUGAAUCUCCCCGAUGGCUGAUAUCCCAGAGACGAUUUACUGAGGCUGAAGAUAUCAUUCAAAAAGCUGCAAAAAUGAACAAAAUAACUGCCCCAGAGAUGAUUUUCCGUCCUGAUGAGCUACAGGAGCUGACACCCCUGAAGAAGCAGAAUGUUUACAUUCUGGACCUGUUCAGAACUCAGAAUAUUGCCACAAUAACCAUUAUGUCUUUGCUGCUGUGGAUGCUCACCUCUGUGAGUUACUUUGCUCUAUCUCUUGAUUCUCCUAAUUUGCAUGGAGAUGCCUACUUGAACUGUUUUCUCUCAGCCUUGAUUGAAGUUCCAGCAUACUUUACAGCCUGGCUGUUACUACGAACCCUGCCCAGGCGUUAUAUCAUAGCAGGAGUGCUGUUCUUAGGAGGCGGUGUGCUACUGUUAGUUCAAUUGGUGCCUGCAGAGUACAGCAGUUUGUCCAUUGGUCUGGUGAUGCUGGGGAAGUUUGGGAUCACUUCUGCUUUCUCCAUGCUGUAUGUCUUCACUGCAGAGCUCUAUCCAACCCUGGUCAGGAAUAUGGCAGUGGGGGUCACCUCCAUGGCCUCCCGUGUGGGCAGCAUCAUCGCUCCCUACUUUGUUUACCUUGGUGCUUACAACAGAAUCCUGCCCUAUAUUCUCAUGGGCAGUCUGACUGUUCUGAUCGGACUCAUCACUCUUUUUUUCCCUGAAAGUUUUGGAAUGCCUCUACCUGAAACUUUGGAGCAGAUGCAGAAAGUAAAAGGGUUCAGAUCUGGGAAAAAAACAAGACAUUCAAUGGAGAAAGAGGAAAAUCCCAAAGUUGUAAUAACUACAUUCUAAUAAAAAUUUCUUUCCCGUUUGGUGACCUGGGAGACAAAUGCAUGAGACUCUGAAGAAACCCAAGUCCUUUCUUUUGGUGGGCCUUGCCGUUGAGAAGUGUGUGUCAUCCAGAAAACUCUGUACAGCCCUUCCAGAUAACCGUCUGAUUUUUAAGAGCCAACUGUUCCAAGAGAGUUCUGAAUGAGAUGAGUUUCUAAGACUUCUUUUUGAAAGUGUGUGUUGGUCAAGAUUGAUGAAGCCAUACCAAGAUUAACACUCAUUUAUUUCCAAGCAUACAAAUGCAAUCCAAAUAAGAAGAAUGUUAUUGUAUUAGCACAAUAAUCAGGUGACAAUGGUGUGUGUGUGUGUGUGUGUGUGUGUGUGUGUGUGUGUGUGUGUAAGGGCAGUAUGUAAGUGAAACAGCACAUUUAAAAUGAUUGCUAUUUUUAAAGUGAACUUACUGAAGUAACAAAACGAUUAUAUGUAAUAAUCCCUUCUAAAAAUAUUUAUGUACUCAGAGAAGACUGAUAUUAAUUAAAAACAUUUUAAAGUGAAAUGCAGCAGAUCUGAGACCUGGCUCCUGGAGUCAACAGAGAACCUAAGGCCACUCUGAGCGGUGGUGACAGAGGAGGCCCUCACAGCCAAUGGAAUGGGGCAUGUGCUUUGUGCUCUUUUUGAAUAUGUGACUAAGUCAUCUGUUUCCUAAGACUAUU